UUGGCUGGUAAUCCAUUUGAAGCAUCCUCAGGACAGGUUCUAAUCAAGGCUUUUACCAGGGAUCCACAAAAACACAACAUUGCUUCGAACAGCAACGUAAAAGCUGAGAUGUUGACUGCAUGCUUGCUGGCACUUAUCUUCAUCUGGACAGGAAUGGCUGCGAAAUUUGUUGCUCCACCAUGUGACCGGCACAUGUUGGAUAGCGGUUUUAACAAGUGCCUGUCAGACUUCAACAAGAGCAUGGAGACAAGUGGCUACCUGGACAGCUGCCCAUGGCCUACUGUGAAAGAUGUCUACAACACACUGAAGAGUUGCACGGAUAAAUUGGCUUCUGUAUCUUGGUGUCGGGGUCACAGAUUUCUGGUAGAUACGUUCUUCUUGGAGGUUCAUGAGAUGUUCUUUAAGCUCUGUGGACAGGUCCAUGACCCCCCACUCACCACUUUGGUUAUGUUAAUAGCACCUGUUAUCAUUGCCACACUCUUAAUACCAAUUGUCUGCAUUUAUCUCACCACCUGUAACACGGAGAUGCCCAGCACUUUGGGGCUCUGAUGGACCGAGCUGACAAAGUUAUAUUGCAGCAAUUUUCAGCCUGGGACUUGAUUUUGACUGUGGGUCAUCCUAACUUUGCAUUUGCUAACUGUGACGCAGAGAGGGAAAUGUGGACGCGAAAAAAGCUUUUAAAAUAAAGCUUAAUUCUUUUAGGAACAGUCAGGCUUAUUUCUGUGUUUACUUUUGGUCGGACUCAUGGACAAGCGUUUGAAAUGAUUUAUGUUAAACCAAAGGCUCAAGCUGUUUGUCCCCAUAUAAUCUUCACAUUUUGGAUAUCCAUAGUCACACCGAUCACAAUCAGGUUAAAAAGUACUGCAACUUUCCUUUAAGUAAUAGAUGCAUACAUGCAUACAAACACACAGACCAACCACUCCAGUAUUACAAUCUGUUA